GGCUGCCGAGUCCCGCGGCCCCCUCGGAGGCGUGGGCACCCCCAGCGAAAGACAAGGCGCGAGAAAUCGAGGAAAGAGUGACAGCAGGAUAGACCGCUGGGCGGUGAUCCGGGGCCGCUCCGGGGCGCGCCUGCGGCUCCAGGUCCUCCUCGGAGCCGCUGCCAUGGGAGAGCCAGCCCUGGGCGCCGGGGACCAGCCGCCGCUGCCGCCGCGCCCGCCUCGGAGCCGCGGCCCCAGUCCCCGCGCCCGAAGCCGGCCCGCUGGGUCCCCCUCCCGGGCUGCAGGGCCGCCUCCCCCGCGCCGCCGGCCCAGGCUUUGCCUGUGAUGAGCCGCAGCCCGCCGCGAGCCCUGCCUCCGGGCGCGUCCGCCCAGUUGCUCCCGGCUGCCCCUGCCGCCGCGCCGCGCGCCCUGCUCCCGCCGUGGCCCCGGCGCCCGGGCCGUCGCUGGCCCGCGUCCCCGCUCGGAAUGAAGGUGUUCCGCAGGAAGGCGCUGGUGCUGUGCGCGGGCUAUGCGCUGCUGCUGGUGCUCACCAUGCUCAACCUCCUGGACUACAAGUGGCACAAGGAGCCGCUGCAGCAGUGCAGCCCCGACGGGCCGCUCGGGGCCGCGGCGGGGACAGGCGGGGGCGGCUGGGGGCGCCCAGGGCCUCCUCCAGCCGCGCCGCCCCGCGCACACACCCGCUUGGACCCGCGUACCCCGUACCGCCCUCCCGCCGCUGCCGUCGGGGUGGCUCCGGCAGCUGCGGCGGGGGCCGCAGCCCCUCCCGGCAAUGGCACUCGGGGCACCGGGGGUGGCGGGGACAAGCGGCAGUUGGUGUACGUGUUCACCACGUGGCGCUCUGGCUCGUCCUUCUUCGGCGAGCUCUUCAACCAGAACCCCGAGGUGUUCUUCCUCUACGAGCCAGUGUGGCACGUGUGGCAAAAACUGUACCCAGGGGACGCCGUUUCCCUGCAAGGGGCGGCGCGGGACAUGCUGAGCGCUCUGUAUCGCUGCGACCUCUCGGUCUUCCAGCUGUAUAGUCCCGCCGGCAGCGGGGGGCGCAACCUCACCACGCUGGGCAUUUUUGGCGCGGCCACCAACAAGGUGGUGUGCUCGUCGCCGCUCUGCCCCGCCUACCGCAAGGAGGUCGUGGGGCUGGUGGACGAUCGCGUGUGCAAGAAGUGCCCGCCGCAGCGCCUGGCGCGCUUCGAGGAGGAGUGCCGCAAGUACCGCACGCUGGUCAUCAAGGGCGUGCGUGUCUUCGACGUGGCCGUGUUGGCGCCCCUGCUGCGUGACCCGGCCCUGGACCUCAAGGUCAUCCACCUGGUGCGCGAUCCCCGUGCUGUGGCCAGUUCACGCAUCCGCUCGCGCCACGGUCUCAUCCGUGAGAGCCUGCAGGUGGUGCGCAGCCGGGACCCGCGAGCCCACCGCAUGCCCUUCCUGGAGGCCGCUGGCCACAAGCUGGGCGCCAAGAAGGAGGGCGUGGGCGGCCCGGCGGACUACCACGCGCUCGGCGCCAUGGAGGUCAUCUGCAACAGCAUGGCCAAGACGCUGCAGACGGCCCUGCAGCCCCCUGACUGGUUGCAAGGCCACUACCUGGUGGUGCGGUACGAGGACCUGGUGGGAGACCCUGUCAAGACCCUACGGAGGGUGUACGACUUUGUGGGGUUGCUGGUGAGCCCUGAAAUGGAGCAGUUUGCCCUCAACAUGACCAGCGGCUCGGGCUCCUCCUCCAAGCCUUUCGUGGUGUCCGCACGCAACGCCACACAGGCCGCCAACGCCUGGCGGACCGCGCUCACCUUCCAGCAGAUCAAACAGGUGGAGGAGUUCUGCUACCAGCCCAUGGCCGUGCUGGGCUACGAGCGCGUCAACAGCCCCGAGGAGGUCAAAGACCUCAGCAAGACCCUGCUCCGGAAGCCCCGGCUCUGAGAGUGGUUCCCGGGGGACCUGACUCUCUGUGGAGACCCCCACCGGAGGAUUGUGGUGUAUUUAAACUAGAACAGUCCAGACCCAAACUGAGGAAGCCCGAAUAUUCGGUUAUAGUUCUAUAAUAUAAAUAACCACACAGGCACUUGCUGUCAAUAUUCUGAGUCAUCGAAUUUCAAGGAACAGCCACAAUACUACACACACAUCUCGGAAAAGACUAGACUGGAAAGUUCUGACGGGCUGCCCCUCCUCUCCUCUCCCCUGCCUCUCUCCCUUCCCUUUUCUCCCAUUUCUUACCCUCUCCCCUACCUGCCUUCCAUCUUGAAGUGGGAUGUUGAUUAAAUCAAGAUCCAGUAAUCCAAAUCUUGUUUACAAAAUUUUCGUGGUAUCUGUGAACAUGUGAAAGAGUAAUUUGGAUGUGGGGGGUGGGGUGGAGAAAGGGGAAGUGGUCCAGGAGCAAAAAGCCCCAUUGGGCAUGAUAAAGCAAGGAGGCAUUCUUCUCAAGUAGACUUUUGUGAAAAAAGCAAGGGUUAUAUGUGAGUAUUAAUAAAGAAGAUAAUAAAUAAUAUUCUUUUUUUA